UCUUUUAAAAUACACAGAUAUAAAUACAUUAACAUUCAUUCAAACCGCUUUACCUAUAAUACACCAGUGUCCUAGUAUCAUGGCUUAGCUGGCGAAUGGGAGGUCGUAAUGGAUUUUCAGUUGUCAUAUAUUCUGUAUAUACUUUCACUCUAUUAAGCGAUUUUAAUAAGAGCGUGACAAAUCAUUAUAUAUUGUCUCUCAUAUCCGUUAAUUGUUGUUGUUUCUACCAUAUAAACAGAGAGCUUAAAUAAAAUCAGAUUUAUGAAGCACUUCGGACGGAAGGAGGAAGUGGAGACCGUUUUCUGUUGGCAAGGAAACGAAAGUGAACUAACAGUCCAUAUCUGUUUUCUGGAUUAGUGAGACAUUUCUCGUUGAUUUACACACCAGAGUCUGUCCUCAGGCAUUCAGGUUAGUGUUUGUCCUAUAACGAGUAGACGAGUAGAAGGGGAUGUUUGGCAGGAAAAACAAGCGAGCAGCAGCGCCGAAAGGCCAAGGCGCAGCUGCGGCCAAACAGAUGGGAUUGUUGAUUGAUUUCAAACCAGUGGAUAUGAUGGACAUAGAACAAGAUAUGAAUGACCCUGAUUUAGAAGCAGAAUUUGCUGCCAUUGUUGGGAAGAAUCCAACGCCGGCUGCAAGGGGGAACACGGCUGGCAAAACCCCAUUACCAAUGGAGGAUAUUGCAAAAAUGGCGGAGGCAUGCAUGAAAGACUUUGAUGAUGAUGAUGAUGACAAUCUGGAAGAUGAUGAAGAUCUCAUGGCUGAGCUUCAGGAAGUGGUUGAAGAGGAGGAAAUAAAAGAUUCGGGUGCUGCCACCCCAGCCUCCCCAGUUAGUGCAGAAAUUCCUUCAACAGAACCGGCACGCCAGGAAACUAAGGUCUCGUCAGUGCCUGGGAGCAUUGAACACACUUUAGAUGAGAGAAUAAACAUGUAUAGAAUGGCUAUUGCAAAUGCCAAAUCAGCAGGGGAGUCCUCUAAAGCCCGGAGAUAUGAGAGAGGCCUUAAGACCCUACAAACUAUGCUGGCAUCAGUCCGGAAAGGAGGAAAGAUUGACGAAACUGAGAUUCCCCCUUCAGUUGCAUGUGGGGCCUGUAGUGGUCCCAUUCGGCCUCCUUCCCCACCAGUAACAUUACCUGUUCAGCAUGGGGAAUCUGACAGCGCUGUUGAGAUCUCUCCUGUCUCAGCAGAAUCCAUUGUCAUGGAUCCAGCACCAAAUUCUAGAGAGGAGUCCUCUGGUUUAACCUCUCCAGCCUCCCUGUCAUCUCCAGAUGAGGAAAAUGCAGGAAGUGCAGCUGAAUCACCUUUAGUAGACUCUCCAGUCACACAGCCCACUAAAAACAUUCUACUGGAGCGACAGAGAGAGUACAGAAUGGCAGCUCUCAAUGCCAAACAAGCAGGAGAUAUUGAGCAAGCCAAAGUGUACAUGAAGGCCAGCAAGGGAUUCGAUGUAGCAAUUGAGGCUUUGGAGAAAGGCCAGUUGGUGGACAUGAGCUCCCUUCCUCCCUCCCUGUCUCAAGCUGCUACAGUUACUCGGGCUGCACCUCAGGCUGCUGUUAAAGUCUCCCCUUCUGCUCCUGAAGGGCAGGCUGACAAUGUUUCUGGCCCAGUUCAACCCAAAACUGUUCUUGAAGCUCUGGAACAGAGGAUGGCCAAAUACAAAGAGGCCUUCACACAAGCUAAAGCCAGCGGGGAUGAUCGCAAGGCCCGCAUGCAUGACCGCAUCGCUAAGCAAUACCAGGCUGCCAUCCGUGCCCAUAAAGCUGGUCGAGCAGUCAAUUACGAUGAACUUCCAGCCCCUCCUGGGUUUCCUCCAAUCCCAGGACAGAAGGCUGCUUCACCAGAGCAAGGAUUGGCCGCUGUGCUGGAAACGGCCAAUAAGCUGACAUCUAAUGAAACUGAUGCUGGUGAUGAGGAGGAAGAUGGAAAUGGGGAGGAGAAGGGUACAAAAGUAGACAACCAAAAGAAGCCCACUCUUGCAGUACAGCCAACGGUACAGGAGCCCAAGAGGACCCCUUCCCCAGACAGGAUGUCCAAACGAGGGAGUCUGCCUGACACUGCUCAGCAGCAGCUUGAGAUUCUGGAGGGCCGAAGAAAACAGUACAUGAAAGCAGCACUGCAAGCAAAGCAGAAUAAUGAUCUAGAGCAGGCCAAGACCUUCCUGCGCACAGCAAAGGGUUUGGAUCCCUUGUUAGAAGUAGUGCGCAGUGGCAAAACAGUGGACAUAAGCAAGGUACCAUCACCACCUGGAGAUGAGGAUGAGGACUUCAUUCUGGUACAUCACAGUGAUGUUCAGAUCUCUGAGAAGGCUGAGGAGGUCUACACUCAGCUUAACAAACUACUCAAAGAGCAGCAUGAGAAAUGUGUAACAUACUCCAAGCAGUUCACGCACAUGGGGAAUGUUGCAGAGACAACCAAGUUUGAGAAAAUGGCCGAACAGUGUAAAAAGAGUUUGGAGGUUCUUAAGCUGGCUCAGAACAGGGGGCUUCAGCCUCCUAAACAUCAUUUUGAGGAGAGAACAUACCGCACUGUCAGGAUGUUUCCAGAGCUUAGUAGUACAGACAUGGUUGUAGUCAUUGUUAGGGGGAUGAACCUCCCUGCUCCCUCUGGUGUUGCAUCAAAUUACUUGGAUGCCUAUGUCAAGUUUGAAUUUCCAUAUCCCAGUUCGGAUCAACCUCAAAGACAUAAGACAUCAGUCAUCAAAAAUACUAACAACCCAGAGUAUGACCAAAACUUCAAGCUAAACAUCAACCGUAACCACCGUGGCUUCAGGAGAGUGGUACAGUCUAAAGGCCUAAAGCUGGAAGUGCUGCACAAAGGUGGCUUCCUGAGGAGUGACAGACCAGUAGGAUCAGCCCACCUAAAACUGGAAAAACUGGAAGCUGAAAGUGAAGUGAGGGAAAUAGUCGAGGUUAUGGAUGGGCGGAAGGCCACAGGUGGUCGUCUGGAGGUAAGGGUGCGUCUCAGAGAGCCUCUGAGUGGGCAGGAUCUCCAAACAGUCACAGAAAGAUGGCUAGUGCUGGAUGAGCCACAGGUACUGCUGUAAUUGACACUGUGAUGUACAAAACAUCUUCACGAAGUCCUAAGAUCAGAGUGGAUGAAGGUAUGGACGGUGAAAGCUCCACAGUGCUACUAGCCUCAGGCACUCAACACAAGAUGGAUAAUGCCCGGACAUUUCUCAACACACUCUCUGUGCUUUGAGCCAUUCACAGAUAGAUG